CGCCCAUCUACAUCUAUCAUUGGACGUUAGUUCAAUCUGUUGAGCUUUAACUUCCGGGUGUUGUGUGCCGUUGUAAAACAGAUCAUAAAGAGCUACUGAGAGGGCAACCGUUGAACAAACACUGGAAGACGAUUUUAUUCAAUAAAAUGAUGCUGUCAGAGGUCCUGCAGGUGCUGCGUGGGGCUGGUAAAGUGGGUUCUGCUUUAGUCACCACCCAGGGAGAGCAGCUCAGAUUAAUGGCCUGCAACUCAUCUGUGGGUGCAGGAGUCAAAGCUGCUCAGGAUGUGGCUGAAGGCCUGCUGGCCACUUUUAUGGGCAGCACCAAUGAGUCUAUAAAGGAAGAUGUGUUUCCGGAUGCAGAAGGCUGGGAGAAUAUGGACCCAGAUGAAGUAGCCAAAUGGGGGGUGGGAUCCGAGUUUCCCCCUGGAACUGCAGAGCAAAGCCAAGAAGGAGUAGGACCGACUUCAGGGAUGCACACAGGCACAGCUCCAGGUGGAGCGGGCUGGCCAGGACAAAACUCUCGCUUCCUGCACACCGUCCACAGCCAUCGGCACUUCUACUGCCAGACCAGAUCUGUCCACGACACGGUAGUGGCCAAGCUCACACCUGAGGACAUAAAGAAAGCCAGAGAGGCAAAACAGGGCCAGGCAAAACCAGUCAGACAGAAGCUGAGUGAGCGAGCCAAGGAGAGGAAGGUUCCCUCCACAAGAAUCAGCCGGCUCGUUAAUUUUGGUGGUCUGGCUGUUGGACUGGGCAUCGGUGCCAUCGCAGAGGUGGCCAAGCAGUCGCUAGGAGGGAAACAAAAAGGAGAGAUGAAUGCCCUUAUGGACUCGCCCUUCCUCUCGGAGGCCAACGCUGAAAGAAUCGUCAACACGCUGUGUAAGGUUCGAGGAGCAGCUCUGAAAAUAGGCCAGAUGCUCAGCAUACAAGACAACUCCUUCAUCAACCCUCAGCUGCAGAAGAUCUUUGAGAGAGUCCGACAGAGCGCAGACUUCAUGCCCACAUGGCAGAUGACCAAAGUCCUGGAGGAGGAGUUCGGGCCAGGAUGGAGGGAGAAGCUCUCAUCGUUUGAGGAUAAACCGUUUGCCGCGGCUUCUAUCGGACAGGUGCAUCAUGGGGUGUUGAAGGAUGGAAGAGAGAUUGCCAUGAAGAUUCAGUACCCUGGAGUAGCAGAGAGCAUCCAAAGUGACAUAGACAACCUGAUGUCAGUACUGAAGAUGAGUGUGGUUCUGCCAGAAGGUCUGUUUGCUGACAGCAGCUUGGAGGUUCUCCAGAGGGAGCUGGGGUGGGAGUGCAACUAUAAGAGGGAAGCAGAGAGCGCCAAGAAGUUCAGGUCACUGCUGGAGGGUGACCCAUAUUUCCAGGUCCCAGAGGUAAUCGAUGAGUUGUCCUCACGCAGGGUGAUAUCCAUGGAGCUGGUACAAGGAGUUCCUCUGGAUCGCUGCAUUGACCUGGAUCAAGAAACAAGGAACCAGAUCUGUUACAACAUCCUGCACUUAUGUCUGAGGGAGCUGUUUGAGUUCAGGUUCAUGCAGACUGAUCCAAACUGGGCCAACUUCUUUUACAACUCUGAAACCAACAAGGUUGUCCUCUUAGACUUUGGAGCUUGCAGAGGCUACCCAGAAACUUUCACAGAUGACUACAUCCAGGUGGUUUAUGCAGCUUCUGUUGGUGAUCGGGACACCGUCCUGUCCAAAUCCAAAGACCUGAAGUUCCUAACAGGCUUUGAGACCAAGGCCUUUAAGGAUGCCCACGUUGAGGCCGUGAUGAUCCUCGGCGAAGCCUUUGCGUCCACCGAGCCCUUCGACUUCAGCACACAGAGCACCACGCAGCGCAUCCAGAACCUCGUCCCCAUCAUGCUGCGCCAUCGCCUCACUCCUCCCCCCGAGGAGACUUACUCUCUCCACCGCAAAAUGGCCGGCUCCUUCCUGAUCUGCUCCAAACUGAAAGCCAACAUACCCUGCAGGGACAUGUUCCUGGACGUGUACAACGCCUACAUGCAGAGGAGGCAGGCUGAGAGGAUGGCACCAGCCAGCGCCUAGACAAGCUGAGGGAGGGACAAUUGUUCCUGCCCUAAAUAAGCAGGGAUUGCUGUACUAAAAGAAUUAGCCUGAAGUGGAGACUCUGGACUGGACUCUGUCAUCUGGAUCUUCAGCAUUGUGAAGAUGCAACAUGAGCCAUCUGAGGCGCAACUGAGCUCCUAUAUAGAUAAUAAUGUAAAAAUGUCAUAAUAGUCUUUUGAAUUACUGUAAAAAAAAAUUAAGCAAAUUAUUCAUUUUACUAGGGAAACAGUUUUUAAUUUUAUUUAACACAACAAACACAUCUUCUCAAGUGUUUGCCAUGAUUUAAAACAAAAAGAAUCCAACUUAAAAUCUCUUGACAGCAAGGCCAGUCAUAUUCCUGAAAAGAAAAUGUCUGCCCUCCAAAUAAAAGUCCCUGCAGAGGAUAUCUGAUGCUGCCAAAGGCUUUCCUUUGUUGGAGAAUGAGUCUGUGAACAAAGCUUUCACCUAAAUGUGAUGCCCGCCAGACUGGAUGAGCAGAUUAUCAGAGGAAUUAGACGGCCUAAUGGAACCCUGCAGAAUAAUGGUCUUUCAUUAUAAAGUCUACUUGCCAUAAAACUCCAAUGUGCUUAUUUUAAACACAUUAGCAACAUUGUGUCUGGAAAAUACGUUAUUUCCUUGUGUGCUUUCUUUUUGUAUAACUAAAAUGCAAGACUUAUUGAGGCGUCUAUUUAAGGGUUGCCUUUUUUUGUUGUUGACCUUAAACGGCCGAAAGUCGAGGUUUUUCUUGAUCACAGAUUGAUCUUUCCAUUUCAGCUUUAAGAACCCAUCUGUGGAAACGUCACUAACUGGAGGCCAUAUUUGACCUCACGGUUUCCUGCAAUUGUCUUGCAUCGACAUGCAAGCAUAAUUACAGGCUUAGAUACUUAAGCCUUGAGAUAAUGGAGGCAUUGAUGGGUCUAUAUUCAGGGAAGCUAACUCCACAACCCCUCCCCCAAGGUGAUUUUGCCACUUUACUGUCCAACCAGGCCAUUAGAAACUAUUAAAAAAGGAGGACUUGAGCAUGUUAUUGAUGUGUUUGAUUUGUAUUGGAAACCAGACCUUAGAUCUGGGAGGAAUCUUGCGCUAGUUAGGUAUUAUGUACUACAUAUGUAAGCUGUGGGUAAAAUAAGGAUUGAACUCAUCAGAAAAGUGCUAAAUAUAUUUUAAGUGCAAUCGAGAGAAAAUUAUCACCAGAUGUCAGUAACAACCCAUCCAGUCUAGACAUGCCAAAAAA